AAUGGGAUCCCAAUGGAAGUGUUAAGAUCUGUUGCUGCCGGUACAGGACGAGGAAGAGCGCAACAGGAGACACAGCGCUGUGCUAUGAGUACACUCUGCCCCCAAAUCUGACUGUUCCUUUUAUUACCUUCAUAGAACUCUCAAGCCUGAUUUUCUUUUUUUCCCCUUUUUUCUGCACCUGUGUAAGAAGAGGCAACAUGAUCCCAAGAGUGAUCGCACUUUUUGUAACUUGCCACUUUGUCCUUCUGCAUCUGCCUCAGUGUUGCGGCCAAAGAGCGACUGGCCCCAGGUUUCUAAUAAGUGAUCGGGACAGAGACCCCCAAUGCAAUCCUCACUGCACCAGACCGCAGCAUAAACCAGUGUGUGCUUCUGAUGGUCGGACCUAUGAAUCUAUGUGUGAUUAUCAACGAGCCAAGUGCAAGGAUGCUACUCUCAGUGUGACCCACCGUGGAAGGUGCAAAGAUGCCGGUCAGAGCAAGUGUCGUCUGGAAAGGACUCAAGCGCUUGAACAGGCAAAGAAGCCCCAGGAAGCUGUGUUUAUUCCUGAAUGCAAUGAAGAUGGAUCAUUUACGCAAGUGCAAUGUCAUACGUUCACAGGAUACUGCUGGUGCGUCACCCCUGAUGGCAAACCUGUAAGCGGCUCCUCUGUGCAGAACAAAACACCUGUAUGUUCAGGUUCUGUAACUGAGAAGCCCUCAAGUCAGGGCAAUUCCGGCAGAAGAGUUUCUUUUCGAUUCUUUCUUACCCUCAAUUCAGAUGAUGGAUCAAAACCCACUCCCACCGUGGAAAGCCGGCAUGUUUUCGAAGGAGAUGGGAGAAGAGGCCCUCACCCAAUACUUAGGGGUGAAAUUCAGAGUUCGGAUCAUCCAUCACAAAACGUAGGGGGUGGGGUCAUAGAUAUCACCGCUCCUACUCUCUGGAUUAAGCACCUUGUCAUCAAAGAUGCCAAAUUAAACAGCUCGAGCGUUAAGCACCCAGCCAAUUCCUGUGACCAAGAGAGACAAAGUGCUCUGGAGGAAGCCAAACUGAAUCCAAGAGACGGCAUUGUGAUUCCAGAAUGUGCCCCAGGAGGCCUUUACAAACCUGUGCAGUGCCACCAGUCCACUGGAUAUUGCUGGUGUGUCUUGGUAGACACUGGUCGUCCAUUGCCUGGAACUUCUACACGCUACGAAACUCCUGUGUGCGAAAGUGAUGCCAGAUGGAAAAAUACAGAUGCUGAAGACCCAUUUAAAGACAGAGAAUUAGCAGGUUGUCCCGAAGGAAAGAAGCUGGAAUUCAUCACCAGUUUGUUGGAUGCUCUCACUACGGACAUGGUGCAAGCCAUCAACUCAGCAGCGCCUGCAGCAGGCGGGAGAUUCUCAGAGCCAGAUCCCAAUCACACACUGGAGGAAAGAGUGGUCCUUUGGUACUUCAGCCAAUUAGACAGCAAUGGCAGUGAAGACAUAAAUAAGAAGGAGAUGAAACCCUUCAAAAGAUACGUAAAAAAGAAAGCCAAACCCAAGAAAUGUGCCCGGCGUUUCACUGACUACUGUGAUCUUAAUAAGGAUAAAUCCAUUUCAUUUCCGGAGCUUAAAGGCUGUCUAGGAGUCCGCAAGGAACCAGGUGCGAAUGCUGGAAGUUUCCCUCCUGGAAAGAGGCCCGGCUCUAACCCCUUCACAGGUCGCCUUGUGUAGGAGAGCAGGCAGCAGCAGCACAUGAUGGGAAGGAGAGUGAGGGAAUGAGAGGCUUGGUGUCGGCGCAGUUGCAGAGCCACCAAUGGAUCUCACAAUGUUUGCACUUUUGAGUGAACUUUAUUCAUAAGGUUUUUUUUUAUGUUCCAUUACCCUGAAUGGAAAUGAGAAGAAAAUGUUGCUUUUUUUUUUUUGUUUGUUUUGUUUUUUUUAGAUGUUUUUUCUAAAAAUCUGCUACUGACAAAUAGGAAUUGAACUCGUGAGGGAAAAAUGGAGUGUCUGUAUAUAAAUGUAUAUGUAAAUUGUACAGUCCCUUUGUACAGGUCUUAACGGAUUUCCUUGUAUACGACUUUAGAUCACAAGCCGUUCCCUUUUGCUGCUUUUCCUCUCAAAGUAACUUCCACAUCCAUUUGUAUCUGUUCCUUUCGCUUGGUUUUUUAAAGGAAAAAUGCUGUUCAAAAAGAGACGAGGAAACACUAGCAAGAUGGACGAACCAUGCACAAUUAUAAUUCCAUGAUACACAUUAUAAAAUACUCUAUCGCCCAGCCUAUGUAUUAAUUAAUAGCAUUGUACUAUACAAAGCCUGCUACUCCUUUGGCUCUCACAGUAAAUCUACAUAAAUACCUGAUUUUAUUUCAGUCUCCCCAUGUUGAAAAACAAAUCAAAAUUAAUUUUGUCCCUUGAUUGGGGGACUGGGACCAAUCGUGAUGACCCUAAAUCAAGAACGGUGUGUAUAGAAACUUUGAAACCUUGAUUUAUAAAUAUUACAGACCAAACCAUGUAAGAAACAAUGGAGCACCCUUGCAUAUGGAAUAAAUGAGCCUUAAUAACUUGCAGGCAAUGUAACGGUAACUUGCCACCGACUUGUGUUUGUUUUGGGAAAAUAACGUUAAUCAUGUACUGAUUGGAACAAACAGAGGUCUGAACACAAGAACUGAGUAUGGAAAGCAGAGAAGAGAAUAUGAAAUUGACUAAAUACACAGUAUAAACAUUGGUAAAUUCUUAGGAAUUCCUAAAACUGUCUGUGUAUAUGAGGAGUGUGACAGUGGCCUGAAAUGGAGUCUGGGAAGCCUUCUUUGCUUUAACCUCCUAUUGCACCAAACUACCAGGUUGGCUGUAAUUCUAGGUUUGCUAUUGUGCUGCCGGUGGGGCUCUGGCAUAGUUCAGCCUAUUUGCAUUACAGAUAAUAGUGGCAUCGCAGCAGUGUCACCUGGCGAAUACCUUGUUGAAUAAAAAGGAAACCUGCAACCUGUAUAAUCACACCAAUGCCAUGUAGAACCCAAGGCAGGGAACCGUGCCAAGCAGCAUUCCCAGUACAACUGUGCCAGCCAGCUGGUGAGGAGUAGGGUGGCCACCAUUUCUGGGGAAAUAUAUUUAUCUUUCUGCCCUGUUAACGUUGGCAUCAAGCCAGGCCGGUAAAAUACUGGCCAUGUGGCAAAGUUAGUGAGGAGACGCUGGGGGGCCAAAGGUUGUGCAUUCCUUAAGAAACAUGGGCUUUAGCAGUUAUAAUGCUCACUAAGCAAACUGCUAUUCAUAUGUAAUGACUAAAGCAAUGUCAGACUUCCUUAAAAAGUACCCAGUUUUUUUUUUGUUUGUUUGCUAUAGACUUGUAACUGUUGAUAAAUAAAAGAAUUGAAUUUUGCCUACA